AAAGAAAAAAAACAUGAUGGAAAAGAGGUAGGCGAUGAACGUUUGGACGUCUAGGCGGAAAUAUAACUCAUUAGGUGAAGAACAACGCACGAAGACGGGCCAUCUUACGUUUAGCAAGGAGUUACAGAAAUAACACCGAGGAUCGUUCUUAGAAAUCAUACGUACCUUAAAUAGGAGUAUUUCAUUGCAGUAUUCGUUCUUGUAUAUAAUUAACGUAUUGAAUUGUAUUUAGAGAAGAGAAAAACAAGCAGCAUGUACCAAACGAUUCUUCAGCGAUUUAUAUGGAUGAUUGUGUUAGUUUCUGUCGUAUGUUCAGCACCGGCUCGUGAUCUCUCAGCAUCUAAAACAUCAGUCAAAAAUCUACAAACAGUCAAAGGAAUAAACGAAUCGAAGCCACCAAUCACAAGGCCACCGUCCGACGUGAAUACAGAAGAAAAGCCAUCUUUGACGUUGGCAGACAGUUCAGAAGAUAAUGAGAAGUCUGAAGGAACAUCAGACAACAAGGAAAUUGUUGAUUACCAAAUGAUGCAGAAGGAUAGUAACAGUAAAGUUGUGAACGACAAACAAGUUGGUAACGAGGUGCCUGGUCACAGAGCACCCGCACUAUCCGACGAAGAGGCUGACCAGCUGAUGAUGCUGAUGAGCGAUCCUGUGGCGAUUGCUGAGUACCUCGCAGUCAGUGGUGACAUUGUCGGCUUUCUAGAAGUUCUUGACGCGCUACAAACGAACGGAUUCAUUGACGGAAAAGUAGCGGAGCAACUAAAAAACGAGGUUUCUAAUGAGCUUGAUAGCCUGCUAAUUGAAGAAAAUGCAGAAAAGAAUGAGGUGUAUCCAAUGCAACAACAAACUCAGAACGAAGAGUACAUGGAAACCGAAAUGUUAAAUAUCAUUAAGCAGAUUAUGACGCUGCCGGUCCUUACUCCAGGGGAAGUUUAUCAAGCAAUGAUAUAUGAAGGAGCCUCUGGGUUGGUGGCAUCAGUUGCUGGAUUAGUCUAUCAGAGAAUCAUUGAACGGGAAAUAACACCCGAGGCCGGUGUUAGCCUUGUUGCCGCCGUUUUCCAACUGAGUCUACCAAACCAAUACAUUCCAGAGGAAACAUCGGAUGAGAGUUUCUAUGACGACGCAUUUCUAGAUUACAUCCUGGAGACAAUGUCUGAAGAUGACAACAUGAUCAAUGAUGACAUUGAGGGUGAGAGUCAGCAAGACGGAAAGAUUGAGGACCUGCCUAUUAUGAAUUCGGCUGGGAAACAAAUUGGUGAGGAACACAAGGUACACAGUUCAAAGCCACUGUUAAACAAGGACGGCAAAGUCAUCGGGAAAGCGAUCGAAGAUGAUGUUCGAAUAGAGACAGCAGAGGGUGGCAGUUUAGAGGAAGAGUUACAAGAUAUGGCGGUGGAUGAGGGGCAACAAGAAACUAAUGAUAAAUCCUCAUUAGAAACUGAGAGCGCUGAAGUUUUCGGUUCUGGAGAAUCCGAGCUGGAGUACUUACUCGAUGAUAAAGAUAUGGAGAAGUUACCAGAUAUACUGAAGAUGCGAUUAAAGAACUACUUUAAAGCAGUUGAUGGAGCAAAUGGAAAACAACCUGAGUGAUGUGUAUUCUGACAGACCUGCCUUUUUUGUGUUAUUAAUCCACCCAACAAACAAUCGCGAACUAGGAGGGUUACGAAUCAUAAUCAGUUACUGUAAUACACGAACAUGAUAUACAUACACGUUGCGACUUAAUAUUGUAUAAAAUGUCACUACAUUAGGCCUAUAUGAUUUAUGUUCACAAUGUUAGUUGAUGGCCGGUUAUAAAAAAGUUUUUGUGCCUACUUAAGCUCUUACUAUAUUUUGGGCAAAAUUAUUUAAUUGUUUAAUGGGUUAACAACAAACUAUCAUUACUUUAUUCAUUCAAAUGAAGCGGAAUGAAAACAAUAAUAUAUUUCAGAGUCUGAAAAGAAUCUGAAUAGACUUAAUUUACAGUUGUGUUAUAAACUGAUGAUUAAUGUACAGAAAUUGACAAAAGAGCUAUCGUUAAGCCGUUCAGAAUUGUGUGCAUGUAGUCCUAUGUAUGUAAUCCCGCUAAUUGAAUAGCAAAAUACCAGAUCAUUGAAUUACUCACUUUAAAGGGUAUUGUCUUUGAAACCAAUAACAAUUGGCUGACAUAUAUGUCUUACAUUUUUUCUAAAAACAUAAUUGAAUCAACAUAGGAUGCUAUUUUCAUGGCAGAGGUAAAAUUAAUGGCAUCAUCAUUAACACCUGCAUAAUCAUUAUUGUUUUAUUAUUAUCAUAUUUUUUUUAUGUAUAUGUAUAUAUAGGUUCCACGUAUGUCUUGAUAAUACAAAAUAAGUACUAUUGCACAAAGUAGAAACGUGUACGUUGACAUUAUAGACAUAAAAUAUAUUUAGAUAUUAAAAUAUCUUUAUGUUUAUAAUGUCAACGUAUACGCUUCUACUUUGUGCAUUUGUACUUAUUAUAUAUAUAUAUAG